GUGCUAACAAUAUAUUUAAUCUGUUUAAUAACUUUUUUAUUACCUAUUUGUUUAUUAAUAACAAGUGCAAUAUACAAAUUAUAUAAACAAUUGUAUAUAAGUAUUACAAUAUUAAAUAAGGAUAGUAAUAAUCAAAUAAAUCCUUAUAAUACUCUAAUCUUAUCUCAAAUUUAUAUAAAACAACAUCAAUGGAUCUCUUCUAUAUUAAUUUUAGAAUCUGGUAUAAAUCAAGAAAAUACAAGAAUUGAACAAUUAUAUAACAAUAUAGGCUUUUGCUAUACUCAAAUAAAAGCUUAUAAUUUGUCAAAGUAUUACUAUAAAAAAGCUAUUCAACAAGAACCUAAAGAUAAAUCAGCAUUAUAUAAUCUAGGUCAAAUAUAUCAAAUAUUAAAUGAUUACAAAAAUGCCGAUGAGAUAUAUAAAGAAAUUAUGCAAUUAGAGAAAAAUCGUACGAAUCAAAAAAUUAGUAAGUACUCUAAAGAAUAA